GGGGGGGUUAUUAGCAAAUAUUAUGCAGGUACAUUACAGUUAGGCCUCAAGGUUGUCUGGUAUAGAAUGCCUCGUGGCAUAGUCCACCUUUUGUAAUAUAAGAUUUUCUUUUGUGGAAUAUCAAUAACGGCUGGACUGAGCAUGUUCGCUCUAGUUUUCAUUGAAAGUAUUUAUUAAGCUUUUGUUUUUCCAUUUUUUCACAUUUUUAGGCCCAUGGUUCAAAAGUUAAAGGCGGGGGGAUUACUUUAUUUCGGAGCGAUUAUUACUGAAAAAAAUCACUUAUUCAAAAAAUGGUUGUUGGAGACCCUUAUUCAAUUUGGAAGACCUAUCCAACCCUCACCAAACAUUUUGUAUGGGAGAUAGCCUACUUUUUUGUGGCGCCAUGCAAGUUUUAUGUAUCCAUGCCAAAUGCAGCUUUCUAGCAUUAACGACCACGGAGAAAAGCCGCGGACGGAUAGACAGACGGACAUGACGAAACUAUAAGGGUUCCUAGUUGACUACGGAACCCUAAAAACGUAUCUUAAUGUUACUUUUUAAUAAAUUUCCUUCUUUUCCAAAACUCUAUUUUUAGAGUCAUUUUGAUCAUCUCGCGAAUCGUAUAGGAAUGAUCAAUGUUGAUCAUAUGUGUCCCACAGACUAGCGUGUAAUGUAAAUACAUAUAUAUCGUUGUCUAAGUACCCUCAACACAAGCCUUAGCUUGCGCUUACUGUGGGACUUAGUCAAUUUGUGUAAUAAUGUCCUAUAAUAUUUUAUUUAUUUAUUUUAUAUUCAUAUUUUAAGACCCAAAAUAAAUAAAGGAAUAAUAAUAAACUUUAAGUGCUCUCAAAACGGAAUAAACGUACGCAUAACAAAUUUUGAGAAAUUAGGAUAUUUUGACAAUUAUUAUUUUCGAACGCGAACUUUCUGACUCAUAGUUACAAAAUAAAUGUGUUUUCAAACGAUUUUUAUUUACAAUCACUGUAAUCUUGCUUUAAGGGACAUGAUGUCACGCAUGCGCAUUAAUCCUGAAACGCAAUUCAGUUGGUGUUUACGUAGGUAUCGAUUUUUUAGUAUUUAUAUCUAAUCUAGACUCCUGGCGGUCGUCAAGAGAAUCUACGAUCACGUCAAUGCUAAUUAUAAAGAUCAAUUCUAAUAAAAGUAGAUUCAAAUUACCUUUCCUAUUUCACCAUUUCCAUAUACGUUGUAUGACGGUAUCGUAAUGGAAGGCACGAAAUUGAAUUGACAUUUUUGGAAACGUAUUUUCUCCUAUUAUUUAUAGUAUCGGUCGAUAGUGCUCAUUAUCCGGGUAAUAUCAAUCGGGGCAUUCCAGGAGAAUGUCGCCUACGUAACGCUAUUCUUCGAAUACAUCUGAAAAUGCUGAGAAAGCGAUAUUGGGUCUGGUCUGGUCUGGUAAUAUUGCAUGACUUAGUUAACAAAUUGACAGUAAGUAUAUUCCGAGUUUUACGGAUUUGAUUAAGGUAGAUGCCAUACAAAACAAAAGCGUUAAUAGUUAGCAAACACUAUACCUAUAGUCUGCUUUUUAGCCUACAACGAAAAAAAGAAUAUGUAUAUAGUAUUUUAUGCAACAGUAAGGUACGUAAGAACGGUUCAGCUCGCCUAGUUUUGUGCCUCUGACCUACGAAUUUUAAUAUUUAUUGUCAUCGCCCGAAUACGCAUGUUGUUCGCAAUGUUUGUACAUACAUCAUACAUUUUACCUCAUAACACAUAACUAUAACAAUAGUAAUAAAUGGGAAAACAGAGCAAUCAGUACCUAUUUUUCGCUAUAAUGAAAAUGUGACCUCAUAUUGUUUGAAUUUUAAAUUUCAAUAGGUACAGACAUGUUAAAACCACCAUUUAUGCUAUCAGGACCGGGAAAAUACGCACAGUGAUUCACGAGACCAAAUGUGAGUUAUAUAAAGCGGGAACUGUGUACAAUAAUUUCAAUUGACAUUCAAAUCAACGAUGGAGUUGUUACAUAUAACGCUGAUUGCGAUUUUAAUAGUAUUUUUGUGUGGGGUGCGCGGAGACGGAACGGUCCCUCUACCAAAGUUAGAAAGGAAUACGCUAGCAACGCUUGGUGAUAGGGGUUAUCGUGACUCUAGGCGUUUAGACUGUGGGCUUUGGAAUAUUGAACUGCACGAAUUUAGAAGUUCUGGUCAUGUGUAUGACCCUAGCACUGUACUGACGACUUCCAACUUCGGCAAAUAUCCUUACGAUAAUAUUGCAAUGAAUAGGCAACACGGCGCGCUAGUAAAUGGCGGUCAGGGAAAAUUCUCAUUUGCCGAAUUAAAACAUACUGACAGCCAAACCAAGAAAGUGUUGACCGUAUACGCCCUACAAGUCGACGGUACCGGAAGCUACGCAUAUUGGCUGCCUCAAGGGCGCUCCAUAGACAUCCCGGCGAGGCCCAAACAUGGUGACGCAAAAUUCGUGUUCACCCCCAACUUUGGGGGCUGUUCGUGGACCGUCACCCCUACGCGUUACGGCAAACUUAGACUGCGACACGUAACGGGUAACAACGAAACUUACGAGUUUAACAAUUUAGAUGUAAACCAAAAGGGAGGUGCCACGACUUAUGCCUUGCAAUAUAAAGACUAUGGAUACAUUAAAGAGGGCAAUCAAUAUGUAGAAAACUCGCACGCCUAUGCUUACAUGCACUAUAACAAUGGAUGGAAACUUCAUGUACAACAGAAAACUUGCACUCCAAAUGGUUCUCCGAGCUUAAGUGAUGUUCCCCAAUAUGGAAAGAUACAGAAACUUAAAUUUAAUUAUCCCACAGAAACUGUGCUCCAAACUAGGUACAAUCAAAUAACUAAGACCACGGUCUAUAGGAUUCCUAUUCCUUAACGAUAGGGAUUUUGUCGCGUUUUGCACCUAAUUAAGGUGCUUUUGCGAAUUUAAUCAUUCAUUUUUUUGUGUAAUAUACAUCUAUUUGUUUGCGCUUAACUUACUUUCCAAAUAAUUCCUUACUUAAUUUUAAACUAUGAAUAUUUUUAACGAAA